UGCUUAGCAUUACCCUCAUAUGGAUAAAAAAUAAAGAGAAGAGUAUUCAUAGAAAAUAUUUAUUAAGGCUGCUAUCGUAAAAAGUAUCUUAUUUUAUGACCAUAUAAUGAAUUGAUUGAAGGAAAAAUUAUCCUCGUCGUAGUAAAAGUUGAUAAGAUUCAUACUGCGGUUGCCCGUAUAAGUUGGUUCACUGCCCAGUGCUUCAUAACACUUGAAGUUAAUUUUGGAUAAUACCCUAGAAAAGACUGUCUGAUACCGUAAAAAAUUUUUUUACUGAUGCUGUGAGAAAUUGAAGAAUCUCAUUUUCAUUGCCUGACAACAAUAACAUUGCAUGGUAUUCUAAUAUGAUGUUUAAUUGUUAUUCAUUCAUUUAUUUCAUUGUUUACUUAGACAUAUUGAUAAUAACUUAAACAAUUCUGUUGCUUAAUCACUGCUAUUAGCCUAGAUACUGAUUUCUGAAUGUUUUAUUGUAUUGUUUAAUAAUGUUCGCUUUCAUCAGCAACUCAAUCAACUGGAAAACAUUUUUGUAUAACUAUUGCUGAAGCUUUUGUAAAAAUCAGUUUUAAUUUGGCGUUAAGCAGAAUAUUCUCGUGUACCCUUACAAUUACAUUUCAUGUAAAUGUCUUUAACAAGAUAAUUAAUUUGCGCAAAAUUUAAUACAGUGUGGUAUCAAUAUGGAUUUAAAAGAUAGCAACUUGCUUAGGCAUAUUGUUCACCUAGAUGAGAAACCUCAUCCUUAUAGUUUAUGUGAUAGUAGGUUGUCAGAUAAUAAUCACCUGAGUGAGCAGAGUAGUAUUCAUGCUGGUGAGAAACCUUAUUCUUGUAGUGUAUGCAAUAAUAGCUAUUCAAGGAAAAAUUAUUUAACUUGUCACAGUCGCAUUCAUGCUGGAGAAAAACCUUAUUGUUGUGACAUAUGUAAUAAAAGCUUUAUCUGUGGGAGCGCACUGUCUCAGCACGCUCGCACUCAUACUGGUGAGAAACCUUAUUCUUGCACAACAUGUAAUAAAAGUUUUUCAUGGAAGCAUCGGCUAAUUAGACACAGUCGCACUCACACUGGAGAGAAACCAUUUUCUUGUGUCAUAUGUUAUAAAAGUUUUUCAGUAAAGGAACGUCUUACUAGACACAUUCGCUCACAUACUGGUGAAAAACCUUAUUCCUGUGACAUAUGUAGCAAAAGUUUUUCAGAUAGGCAUGCACUGACUGAUCACAGUCGCACUCAUACUGAGGUGGAACCUUACUUUUGUAGGGUAUGUAAUAAAAGCUUUUCAAGAAAGAGUUCACUGUCUAGGCACACUAGUGUUCAUACGGGCAGGAAACCAUUUUCAUGUAGUGCAUGUAAUCAAAGUUUUGCAAGGAAAGAUCAACUAGCUAUACACAAUUGUACUCAAACUGGUGUGAAACCUUAUUCUUGUGGCAUAUGUAAUAAAAGUUUUUCAUGGAAGCAACAGCUAGUGAGACACUGUCACACUCAUACUGGUAAGAAACCUUAUUCUUGUGGUGUAUGUAAUAAAAAAUUUUCAAAAAGGGGUACACUGUCUGUGCACAGUCGCAUUCAUACUGGUGAGAAGCCUUAUUCUUGUACUGUAUGCGAUAAGAGUUUUUCAAAAAAGCAUCAUCUAACAAACCACACUUAUAUCCAUACUGGUGAAGAACCUUAUUCUUGUAGCGAAUGUAAUAAAAGUUUUUCAAGGAAAUGUCAACUAACUGAACACAGUUACACUCAUACUAAGGAAAAACCUUAUACUUGUAGUGAAUGUAAUAAAAGUUUUUCAAGAAAAUAUUCACUAACCGAACACAGUCGCAUUCAUACUGGUGAAAAGCCUUAUUCUUGUGAAAUUUGCAAUAAAAGUUUUUCGCAUGGGACAACAUUAACUGAGCACAGACGUGUUCAUACUAGUGAGAAACCUUAUUCUUGCACUACAUGUAAUAAAAGUUUUUCAAGAAGGCAGACGCUAACUAUUCACAGUCGCACUCAUUCUGAAGGAGGAGAAACCUUAUUCUAGUGACAUGUAGAAUGAAAGUUUUUAGAUGGGUAUGCACUGUCUAAUCACAGUAGCAAUCAUACUGGCGAAAAAAUUUAUUCUUGUAGAGCAUGCAAUAAAAGUUUUUCAAUGAAGACACAGUCGCACUCAGUGGCGUACGCAGAAUUUUUUCAAGGGGGUGUUCAUAAUUUUCUGAAAUUUCUAAAAGAAAUUCAAGUAUGUAAGAAAGCACUAUUAUUUCCCAAAUUUAGACAGCUGACAAUUUUGUCUUCUUAUUUAGACAACAUUGUUUAGUUAAAUUUUGAUUUGAUUUUUUAAGUUUAAGAACUUGGUGCAGGGUUCCUGCGGCCUUGAAAAGUACUUGAAUUUCAUUUCGAUUUUCAAGGGCUCCAAGAAGUACUUGAAAAUAAUGCUAAAUCCUUGAAAAUUUAAAAAAUGACCUUGAAAGUAUCGAAAACCACCCUAUUUCUCAUAUUUCUGUGUUGUACUUCUAACUCAAACCACUCAUUUUUAUUAACUGAGCAUACUUUUUCCAAGUUUUGACAUGUUUUUCUUUAUUAAUUUAUUCACUGAUAUGAUCUGCUUUCCUUUUUAUAAAUGAUCGUGGAUAUUCUUUCUUGAUGAUCUGUGUUUUUAAAGUUGGCUACAUUUGUAUAUUAAUAUCAUUACAGCAUUAACAUUUUGUUUUAUUAAAAUUUGAUUUUCAGGGA